UCCUUUUUUCUGGCAUAGCCUCAUCGCGGGAGAGGAGGAUCUGGUCCGUGGCGCUCGGGACUACAGUUGCAGCGGCUGUGGGCUAGUUGAGAGCCUCGCUCGGAGCUGCACCUGGUUCCCCCCCGCCAAGCGCCUUCCCCGCGUGCGCGCUCUCGCCCGCUUUGUUCCUUCCCCUGCCUCCCCCAGGAUGUCGGAGAAGCCCGAGAAGGAGGCUCCGGUAGAGCUCGGGGCCAAGGACUUGAAAGAAAAGAAAGAGAAACAUGAGGAGAAGUCCGCCCGCAAAGAAAAGAAGGAGAUAAUAGAGGAUGAUGAAAAUGGAGCCGAGGAGGAGGAGGAUGAUGAGGAUGCAAAUCCUGAGGAUGUCGAAGAUGAGGAUGAAGAAGAUGAUGAAGAUGAUGAGAAUGAACAGGAGCCAGACUCACAUGCAGUAAAACGAUCCGCAGAGAAGAAGCAGGAAGAGGAUGAAGUGGACCCAAAGAGAAAGAAGACAGAAAACGGCUCUUCAGCUUGACUCCCCCCCCCCGCCCCCGUCCUCUUCACCACCAUCCAUCUGUCCUCCAACCUUCAUUCCUCCAGUUGUGCAGGCACUUAAGUGAUGCUACCAGUGGAUGAGGAAGAGGAGGGGUUAAACAUGCUUGCUGACCGAAGCAGAGGAAGCUGCAUAGAGCUCUUCUCCAGACCCCCCCCCCCAGACCUGUUCCUUUUUUUUACAGUGCUCCCUGUGGUCCCCUACAUCCCAAGCUGCCGAUUCCCUCUCCAUUUUAACGAACCUUAGUCCCUAGACACUCAGCCUCCUCCGUCCUGUUCCUGCAACUGCUGCCUGAGAUCCUUCCAUGCCUCUACUUUCAGCACCUCUUCUGCCCUCUCGCCUCCUUUCUUCAGCCCUUUACAGAAUUCCAUACACAUGUGGAAAAAUUGUGGUGCUGAAAGGUUUGAAUCAAAUCUGGGGCAGAGGAAAAGGAGGGGCAGGGGGUCUUUGCAGCCAUGUAUCCUCUCCUGUGCCCGGCUCCCUUUCCAUAGCAGGGAGAAGGCCACACUCUCUUAACGAAUACCAUAAAACACGUUUAAAUAAAAUUGACAGUUUUUAAUGGAUAACAUUUUGUACAAAUUGACAUGGUAGCAAGCUGGAUCUGGUGAACUUUUUUUCCUCCAGAGGGCAAGGCUUGUUUUUAAUGUGUAAAGUAAUAUGUGACCCAGUGUGUUUUCCUCAUUUGGGGUGUGUGUGUGUAUUUGUUUUAUCUUAAUUAGGGACCAAAUUUUGAUUUCUCCCUUCAAGUUGUUUUUCUUUGUAAAUUAAAGCAGACCCAUCUGCAAUAUUUUCUAUGGCACAAACAUAAUGAGGAUGAGAAAUAUAAAUAUAUAUAUUGUUUAGCACUGUAAAUAAAAACCUUUCAAAAAGA